UCCAGGUCAAAAACUGGAGACACAGAUAAAGACUGGGAGUCUUCUCCCAGCAGGGUUCCUGAAACAGAUGUAAAAAACAACAAAAAUGAACAGAAGCUGCAUUGUUGUGAUUUAUGUGGGAGACGGUUUAGACAAAAAGGACAUUUAAACACACACAUGAGAAUCCACWCAGGACAAAAGACAUUUUGUUGUGAGCUGUGUGGUCGAAGUUUUGUUGAAAAGGGCUGUUUAAACAAACACAUGAGAAUCCACACAGGACAGAAGCCAUUUUCCUGUGAGUUGUGUGAUCAAAGGUUUACCCAAAAAACUAAUUUAAAUACGCACAUGAAAACCCACACAGGACAGAAAACCUUUUGUUGUGAGCUGUGUGAUCAAAGGUUUAGCCGAAAGGAUCAUUUAAACAUGCACAUGCAAAUCCACACAGGGCAGAAGCCAUUUUGUUGUGAGCUGUGUGAUCGAAGAUUUUCUGAAAAGGGCACAUUAAACAGACACAUGAGAAUCCACACAGGGCAGAAGCCAUUUUGUUGUGAGCUGUGUGAUCGAAGGUAUAGACGAAAGGAACAUUUGAACUUACAUAUGAGAAUCCACACAGGACAGAAGCCAUUUUGUUGUGAGCUGUGUGAUCAAAGGUUUCGCAGAAAGGAACAUUUAAAUGUGCAUAUGAGAAUCCACACAGGAGAGAAACCAUUUGGUUGUGAGCUGUGUGAUCGAAGGUUUACUGAAAAGAGUGGUUUGAACAUACACAUGAGAACCCACACAGGACAAAAACCAUUUUGUUGUGAACUGUGUGACAAAAGGUUUGGUCAAAAGAGCAGUUUGAAAGUGCACAUGAGAAUCCACACAGGACAAAAACCAUUUUGUUGCGAGCUGUGUAAUCGAAGGUUUAGACAAAAGGGCAGUUUAAAUAUACACAUGAGAAUCCACACCGGACAGAAACCAUUUUGUUGUGAGCUGUGUGAUCAAAGGUUUAGCCACAAGGGCAGUUUGAACACACACAUGAGAAUCCACACAGAAAACAAAUCAGUUAUUUCCAAUGACUCCUAACACUGCAUGAAAAGUCAGAUUUUUGUCCCUGUAAACUGCCGUGAAUAUCACUAAUUUGCGUCAGUUUACAGCUCCACACGUUCGCAUUUUCCUGUGCCGAAAACUGUCAGAAAYGUACCCUUAGAAGCAGCGGGGGGUUGGGGCCACGGGGCCCCGGCUGGCGGAGGUGUGAACGACUCUACCUACCAUAUGAAUAGCAGCACCACAGGCAAGAGCAGCAGUAGAAGACCCCCCCUUACUCCUCAGUCAUUGGAUAAAACAAAAGCCCUCCCCCCUCAUCUGUCACUUGUGAUUGGUUGGUAGGUCUGUCCCUAUUGGACAGCCUGAGCCUUAAUAAAUACAGGCCUGGAUUAACCCCUCCCUAAUAAUGYUUAUAAUUCUGAUUUAUAAUAAUGCACAUUUAAUUAAUUUUGUUAAUAAUAAUCUUGUACAGCAAUGACUGAAGACUAUAUAUAUAUAUAUUCAUUUAAUUUGUAAGCUAAAUAUUGUGUUACUGUCAUGUUAAUAAACUAAUCAAAGGACAUUAAAUUAUAAAGAACAUAAAUUCAA